UUCCAUAAUUUAGUCAUUCAUAAUGUCAUUCAAAAUCUGAUCAUAUCUGUUGUAAUCAAAUCUAAUAAUAAUUCUAACACUUACCGAGUUUCUAUAUAUUUGCUCAAAAAGUAAUGUUUUUAUUAGAUACAUAGAUACAGGGAUAAAUACUACUUGUUAACAGAAAUUUAUAUUUGAGAGAUGAGUGAGUCAUGUGUGGAAACUCCAGAGGCGCCGGCAUGGUUAUCAAAACUUGAGAGUCAAAGGGAAAAACUGAGUAAAGCCCGGUUAGGGCAUGACAGCGGUGCUGGCGCUCCUUGUAACUCCUGUGGUUCUGGGUGCCCAGGCUUAGAUUUGCACUUCUGGCGGAAGGUGUGUAGAGCUUGCCAUUGCAGUAAAGAUGUACACGAUGUGCCAGAUGAUGACUUAUCAGGCUGGGCACAGUUUGAGUUGCUUGGUACAGCAAAGCCUAAGAAGGGAUCUUUGCCGCUCAUCAAGAUUCGUGGUGUGACUGACAAACCUGUCAAAGUCGAUUGGGUGCCACCAAAUGCUUCUACUGAGUUGGUGUCAGAGUACAUGUCGUGCCUGGGCUCGCUGGCGCCCGUGUCGGGCUCGGAGGCGGCUCGGAAGCGGCGCGCGCAGCUCCGCACGCAGCUGCCUCCGCACGACGUCGCGCCCGCCGCCAGGCAUCACGCCUCGCAGCAGGAGAAGUCGGAGCACACGGAGUACAUUACGCGCAUCAAGGAAAAUGUCGUAGGUCAGGGUAACGUGGUAAGAGUAGGACCGCUACACAGUGGGGAGAUAUACACCGUGGAAAACAGCAAGACCCACUCUGCGCCCAAAUCAUAUGCCUUACCUUUGAAGAUUUCAAAUGUUUCCAGAGGCGUCAAGUAUAAUAUUGUACCCAAGAAUGCUUCCGACAAGAAAUUAGUGUUGGAUGCUGAAGGAAACAUUGUGAGCAGUGCUGCCAACUUGCCGGAUUAUAAAUCAAACCCAAUACUCAGUCGCACUGUUAAAGAUAAGCUUAAUGCUAUGCACAUUGAGUCUGAUAGAAUUAAGAGCGCUGUUGAACACGGGCCUGUUUAUGACAAGCUGUUUAAGAAUUUGGCUGACCUGAACAUGCCAGUCACAAAUGAUGUUUAUUUACAACCAAUCAAACUAUUCCGUGAUGAAUACAAUAAAAAUCCUCAGUUUAGAGAAGAAACUAAUGAAUUUGUUGGAAAGACUCUUGGAGCACAGAUAAUGCCAGAUUUAUGGGCGGCCAGUAACAACAAUGUCAUGGGCACGGCUAAACUGAUGGAAAGUAGAGUGCAAAAGGGAACAAUAUUUGCACCAAAUGGCGAAAUUUGGAGUUGGAAACACGAGCCUACUACGCCAGAGCACAGUGGAACAAUUUGCUCAACCAAGAUUAACCCACAGUAUUCAACUACCACAAAACCCAUAAAUCAGGUAGAACCACAGCAAACUGCGCCGCUGAGGGAAUACCUGCACAGUCAAUCUGAAGAGGAUCUUCCGCCGCCACCAUUACCGAAUUACAGCACAUAUCCUGGAGCUGUCCCACCAGUAGGAGCCAUCAAUGAAUGGAACAACCCAACUCUUGACAAUACUCAAACACCAAUAAGUGAUAGCAGCGGAUACAUAGGUUCUCCCCAGGGUAACUAUGAUCCCAUCAACCCUAUUAUUGACCAACUCACUGAUAUGUCUCUCAGCCCUGAUGAAAUGGAAUUCAACAGGAAACUGUACAACGAAGGUGUGGAUUGCCAACGUUGUAACAAACCAAUGUUCGCAGGCGAAGUGGCUGUUAAGGCCGAGCGUGCAGGUCAGGCGGCUAUCUGGCAUCCGCAAUGCUUCACAUGUCACAAAUGUGGAGAACUCUUGGCCGAUCUCGUGUAUUUCUUCUACAAGGGGGAGAUUUAUUGCGCUAGGGAUUUGGCGAACGUGCUAGAGAUUCCUCGUUGCGCUGGUUGCGACGAGUUGAUAUUCACCCGGCCGUACACGGCCGCGGAAGGUCGGGCGUUCCACGUGCAGCAUUUCUGUUGUUAUCAUUGCGAUGCUCCUCUAGGGGGUAAGAAGUACGUGCCUGAUGACAAGACUGGUUUGCCGAUAUGUUUGUCGUGUUACGAUCAGUUCCACGCGGAGCGGUGUCGCGCGUGCGGCGGCGUGAUCGCGCCGGGGCAGCAGGGCGUGUCGUGGUCCAACAUGCACUGGCACGCGGACUGCUUCAUGUGUUCCGGGCGCAUGUGCGGCAAGAGCCUCCUCAGCGGCCGCUUCGUGGUCAAGCAAGAGAUGCCAUUCUGUAGUGUGCCUUGUGUUCAGAGCCGGAUAAGCUAAAUUUAAGUACAAGAAGAAGAUUCCUAUGAAGUAUAUUUUUGAGAAGUAUUUUUAUCUAUAACUUGUAAGAGGCGGAAUAUUUGUAAGGUUAUAUGAUAUUUACAUUCCUUGACAUUAGAGUAGUUGUAUAAGGCAAAGAAACAAGUAUUUACUGUUUACAUGUAAUGCUAUUGAAUAAAUCUAAGACUUUAUAAAAAAAGGGACCACAUUAUUAUAAUAUAUACACAUUAUACAAGAAAUUUAUAUUUUGUAAAAAAAAAAUUGUACUGUACAAUUUAAUAUUGGAUUGUAUUUGACUUCAGUUAUUGUGAUAAGGAUUGAUAUUUAUAUAGAGUUAGUUUACAUGAUGUUAUUAUAAUUCAGCAAUUAUCCAGCAAUGUAAUCUAGUAGAAAAUACCACUUCUACGAGAUAACUGUUCUGCAGUAAGUAUUGACAAAAUUGUCUAAUAGUGUAUGUGAUAAUAAAAGAUUUUGGUGCAAAAUAUUCCUUGUCAAGUAAGUGCCAUUCUUUGUAAGAGUUUUGAAUUUAUCAGAAUAGAUAUUAAAUAAUA